AAAAAAAAGUGCAUACCCACAUUUCCCUCUCAUUUUUUCUCUUCUUCUUGGCUCUCUUCGUCUCCCUCUCUCACAAAAACAAAUUCAGCCACCACAACCGGCUAAUAGCCGCCAAACCGCAACCAGGCACCACAGCAACCUUUCGCCACAACUUCGCCGCCACCAGCCGCCAGUAGCAGGCCACAGCAGCCCCUGGCGCGUGCCUCCUUCUUUUCCCCCUGUUUUUAUGGAUCGUCUUUGAUGACCCUGCUUAUGUUGGUGUAUGAUCUUAUGUUGAGCAGUGGGGAUAUCAUAGAUUACAGUUGAUGAAGCUUCUUUGCAUUGCAUACGAGGGGAAUGAGCUGUUCAUUAAUCAAGCAAAAUGGUGGUGAUCAGAGUUCGUAGUCGUGAUGGUGUUGAGAGAGUUUCAAUUGAUAAUCCUAACAUAACAAUUGGUGAAUUGAAGACCCUAAUUGAGUCACAACUUCGGGUCCCUAUAUCUAAUCAAACCCUCUCUCUUCAGCAAAACCUCUUGUUAGCUAAGAGCCCAGCUGAACGAUCUCAAUUUUUGGACAUGGCUAAUCCCUCAAUUCCAAUCUCUUCCCUGAAAAUAGGCCAUGGCUCCCUCAUCUUCCUAUCAUAUGAUGGAGAACGUGAAAUUGUUUUACCUGCCCGUAGACCUAGUAUUACUCCUGCUGGAUCUUUUGGAAAAAAGAUGACCAUGGACGACCUGAUUGCUAAGCAAAUGCGUGUAACUCGCCAAGAAAAUCCGCAUUGCGAGCUUGUGUCAUUUGAUAGAGAUGCUGCUAAUGCAUUCCAGCAUUAUGUGAACGAUUCACUCGCAUUUGCUGUGAAAAGAGGAGGGUUUAUGUAUGGGACUGUUUCUGAGGAGGGGAAGGUAGAGGUCGACUUCAUCUAUGAGCCACCGCAAAUGGGACAAGAAGAGAGAUUGGUCCUUAUGAGGGAUAGCGAGGAGGAGAAACUUGUUGAUGCCAUUGCAAAUGGGUUGGGUAUGCGAAAAGUUGGUUUUAUUUUUACUCAGGCUGUUGGACAGGACCAGAAGGGUUACACAAUGUCCUACUUGGAGGUGGCCCAAGCUUCUGAGUUGCAUGCUGAAAGUGGGUUGAAGGAGUGGGUGACUGCAUUGGUGAAGCUCAAGGUCAAUGAUGAUGGUGGGGCUGAUGUGCAUUUUGAGGCGUUUCAGAUGAGUGAUAUGUGUAUCCGUCUUUUUAAAGAGAACUGGUUUGAUUUGGAAAGUAUUAAGGAGGGGGAAAUUGUUGAUCCUAAGGUGUCCCGGAUGAAGAAGGAGGUAGUUGUUGGUGGAAAGGAUGUCAAAGAGGUUGACAAUGACUUCUUUUUGGUUGUGGUUAAGAUCUUCGAUCACCAGGGCCCACUUUCAUCAACAUUCCCUAUCGAGAACAGGAAUUUUCCGGUUACAACAAAGGCAUUGAAGACCCAUCUUGAGCGAACAAAGUCUCAACCGUUUGUGAAGAGAAUUUCUGAUUUCCAUCUGCUACUCACACUAGCCAGGUUUCUGGAUGUGAAUGCUGAUAUCCCGGCAUUAGCUGCUUGUGUACGCUCUGAGACAGCUGUACCAGAAGGAUACCAGCUUUUGAUAGAGUCCAUAGCAAAUUCGGGUGUGUGAUUACUCUGCCAACUUGAGUAAGUUGCUUGAUUCCGUGGCACAAAUAGUGUGUUGUUUUGAUGACGGUUCAUGUGAUUUUGCUUGCAUGAGCAGUUUAUUUAAGCUGUCAAGCAGUUACAUGAUACAGAAUAGUUUCGGUUUUUGCUACUACUAAAUUGAUAAUGAUGUACUGAAACCGAUCGAUGUUCCUGCGCUGAUGUCUCUCAUUCAGUGCAUAGUGCAAUGUUUAUAACUCUUUAAAAUUGAGUAGAAUUUCACUCAAAUUACAGAA